GUGACACGUUCAUUAGAAAAAAAUCAUUUUGUAGCAAAUCAUUUAUUAAUAAAAAUAAAUAAGCUUAAUAUAAAGGCAGAAAAAGAAAUCAUAGUAACAUGGUCCCCGGCAUCUACUAUUAUACCCACAAUGAUUGGUAUCCAUAAUGGAAAAAAGCAGUUACAUGUUUAUAUAAGUUACAUGUUUAUAUAA